GGGGAUAACUGUCGUACCCUAAAUAAUACCCACGAUAUUCGACUACCACGUGUGGCUUAAUCGCGGCCAUAUAUCGGUAUACCCCCUCAAUAUUAUUCUAUGAUCGCGGCAUGGUAUCAACUGGUGUGCAGAUGGUAAGGUGGUGGUAGUGCGGGUAGUCGAGAUGGCGAAAAGUGAAGAAAAAGAGGAGUCCUCCUCCUCCUCGGAGGGAGGAUUCAAAAUGAAGAAGGAACUUACUUUGAUAGACGGAGUGGCUAUUAUAGUGGGUGUUAUUGUGGGCUCCGGCAUUUUCGUUUCCCCCAAAGGAGUUUUGAAUUAUUCAGGAUCUAUGGGCAUGGCUUUGAUUGUAUGGGUCAUGUCUGGGAUAUUGUCCAUGCUAGGAGCACUUUGUUAUGCCGAACUAGGUACAAUGAUUCCAAAGUCGGGAGGAGACUACGCCUACAUAAUGGAAGCAUUCGGUCCUCUACCAGCCUUCCUGUACCUCUGGGUCGCCCUAUUCAUUUUAGUUCCUACGGGCAAUGCUAUUACAGCGAUGACUUUCGCCCAGUACAUCAUCCAACCGUUUUGGGGCGAUUGCAAAGCCCCCGUGGAGGCAGUUAGGUUGCUUGCCGCAGCCACCAUCUGCGGCUUAACUUUGAUUAACUGUUAUAACGUAAAGUGGGUAACGAGGGUAACAGAUACGUUCACUGCCACGAAAAUAUUCGCUUUAUUAAUAAUCGUGGCAGCCGGUUUUUACCAUCUUUUCACUGGACAUUGGGAGAACUUUCACGCUCCCAUGGACGGGACGAACUGGGGCCCGUCUCAUCUUGCGUUGUCUUUUUAUAACGGACUGUUCUCCUAUUCUGGAUGGAAUUAUUUGAACUACGUCACUGAGGAACUGAAGAAUCCUUACAGGAAUCUUCCGAGGGCAAUAUGCAUAUCUAUGCCGCUAGUGACGAUCAUUUACGUUGUGACGAAUAUCGCUUACUUCGCAGUAUUAACCCGAAACGACAUAUUGGCAUCGGAUGCCGUGGCCAUAACUUUCGGCGACCGAAUGUUGGGAGUUGCAUCGUUUUUGAUGCCAGUUUUUGUGGCAUGCGCCACCUUCGGGUCUUUGAAUGGGGCCAUUUUUGCGUCGUCACGACUGUUUUUCGUUGGUGCUAGGGACGGCCAUUUACCUAGAGCCAUCUCUUUGAUAGACGUUAAAAGACUGACACCGGUGCCUUCUCUUUUGUUUAUGUGUCUAAUUACACUAGCACUCCUGAUAGUCUCGGACGUUUACGUACUCAUCAACUACGUUCAAUUUGUGGAAGCCCUUUUCAUCACGAUCAGCGUCCUGGGGCUCCUAUACAUGCGUUACACCAUGCCGAACGUAUCGAGACCGAUUAAAGUGAACUACAUCUUACCGAUAACGUUCUUCGUCAUUUGCGUCUUUUUGGUGAUAUUUCCGUGUUACGAGAGUCCCGUGGAAGUGGGCGUGGCCACGGCGAUCAUUUUGCUCGGCAUACCAGUGUACAUGGUCACCAUAUGGUGGCAAAACAAACCGAAAUGGCUACAAAAACUGUUCGAUAACUUCAACGAUAGUUGCGCGAAAUUGUUCAUGUGUAUACCUGAACAGGUUUACGAAAAAGGGCUGUGAUUUUAGGGUUUGUUAUAUUAGGGUUCGUUUGGACUUAUAUGUGAAUUAAAAGUGGAAACUUUUUGGACCAAUUUUUAUACGAAUUUAACACACCCUGUAAAUAAUAUAUAAUUUUUUACGUACGCCUACAUUUUAAAUUGGAUCCUAACAUUUUUAAUGUACUCCCUGUUUACAAUAGUUUUAGCGAUUUAUAGAUAAGUUUUAUUUUUUUAUUAAAGUGCCUUUUUGCAACCGACGAAUUGUAUGCCUCAAAAAAUGCUCUAUACAGGGUGUUCGAAAAUUAGGCGGAGAUAUUUCAGUGGGUGAUUCCUUGUAAAAAAAUAUGAGAAAAAGUUUCUAUAAACAUGGGUUCGGAAAUGCACAGUUUUCAAGAUACAUGCCUAUUUUUAGAACAUCCUGUAUAGUCUUGAAAUAUUUUGACAUAAUAAUGUAUCCGAAUCAAAUUUCACAAUAAUGAUAUGUAAAUAUUUUAUAGAUCUGUUGUUCCAAAUACAAUCAGGCUAAUCAAUACCAGAAAUUUAUCACAUACACGCUUGAGAUUAUAUACGUCUGAUGAAAUUGUAUUUAAAUAAAUUAUUUCAUAGCA